UUCUACAUUGAGAUGGCUUCUUUUUUUAAUUCAUUAAGGAAAGUAAGUUUACAUUUGAAAAGUUAUAAUUUUACAACAUCGAAAUUAUUCAGUUGCGGUAUAACAAAACUCGAAGAACGAUGGAACGAAAAUAAAGAGAUUCCCGAAUAUUUUAAUUUUUUUGAAGAUGCUGUGAAAUAUUGGGCAUUGAAAGAAAAUAAUUUAGAAAGAAAAGGACCGCCUGCAUUUUGGUAUGUAGAUAAAAAUGACAAUAAUAUAAAAUGGAGUUUUCACGAACUCGUUCUACAGACAGAAAAAGCAGCUAACGUUCUAAGAUCAUGCGGACUAAACAGAAAUCAUAAAAUAAUCAUUAUUCUGCCGAAGAUACCCGAAUGGUGGUUAAUCGUUUUAGCAUCUCUUCAAUUAGGAAUUGUGUUAUCUCCAGGAACUACCCAACUAAGGAGCAAAGAUAUUCUUUACAGAAUUAAUAGCAUUAAAGCUAAUUGUAUAGUUGCAGAUUUAGAGACAUCGGAAAGAGUUGACCAGAUUGUUAAAGAUUGCCCUUCAUUAACUACUAAAAUUCUUUGCACUGAAAAGGAUAAAGUGAAAGAUGGUUGGAUCCACUUUAAGACGGAACAUGAAAGUUCGCCCCGUUUGGAAGAGUGUGUUAAGACCAAAACGAACGAUCCCAUGAUUAUAUAUUUUACAAGUGGUACUAGUGGAAAUCCAAAAGCUGUACAGCAUACGUACGAAAAUGCUUUUUCGAUAUGCAUAAGUCGACGAUAUUAUGUGGAUUUUCAAUCGAAUUCUUUGUCUUGGAUCUUAACGGAUAAUGGAUGGUCAAAGACAAUUUGGGUCUCCGUAUUCUUAACCUGGUCAAUCGGUGCUGGAAAUUUCAUUUAUAAUUCUUUGCGCUUCGAUGCAAAACAAUGUUUAAAUAUUUUACAACGUUAUCCAAUAACAAAUUUAUGCGCACCUCCAACUGCUUACAAGUUCUUCCUCAAAGAAAAUUUAGAGAAAUAUAAAUUUCCCCAUCUGAAAUCAUGCACGAGUGGCGGAGAAAGCUUGACAAAAGAUUUAUUUACAACGUGGAAAGAGAAAACUGGAGUGAUGAUAUAUGAAGGAUACGCACAAACAGAGACACCAUUGCUGUGUUCGGAUCUUCAUUGCAAACAGAAAAAACCGGGAUCAGUGGGUUUACCACCGCCAUUUCUUCAGUUAGAUAUAAUAAAUGAAAAAUACGAAAAAGUGGAACCUUUCCAAGAAGGAGAAAUCGCUGUAAAAGUAAAACCAAAUUAUCCUAUUGGACUGUUUAAAGAAUAUUUGAAUAAUCCAGAAAAAACAAAAGAGGUAUUUAAAAAUGGCUACUAUCUUACCGGCGAUCGGGGAUAUAAAGAUAACGACGGUUAUCUUUGGUUCAUCGGCCGUAAUGAUGAUAUAAUUAGUUCUUCCGGCUAUAGAAUUGGACCUUUCGAAGUAGAAAGUGCUCUUCAAGAACAUCCUGCUGUAAAAGAAUGUGCUGUUGUGGGAAGUCCAGAUCCUUUAAGAGGAGAAGUAGUUAAAGCUUUCAUAAUACUAACUGAGAAAUAUAAUGACGCUGAUAAAGAAGAAUUGAUAAUACAGUUACAAGAUCACGUUAAAAAUAUUACUUCUCCUUAUAAAUAUCCUAGAAAAAUUGAAUUUGUAGAAGAUUUGCCAAGAACGAUAAGUGGAAAAGUACAAAGAUUCAAAUUACGAUUAAAAGAAAGAGAGGAAAAUAAGUUAUAAUAGCAUAAUAAACUUUAUUUCUUUACUUUUUUGCCAAUUGGAUGGUUUUUAGUAAUUAACUUGCACUUUGAAAUAUUUUUAGGAAAUAAAAUUA